AGUGUAGCCUACGUACGUAAAGUGGGUCAUAGCUGCAUGCUCUGUCGAGUGUAAAUAAAAAUUUAACGGCAUUCUCUUUUUGCAUUAAUCAUGCCAACAAGUGUGCUUAAAAAUGCAUUUAGGACCAGCAAGGGGUGCAGCCUCACAUCUCUCUACAGGAUGUCCUACAGAAAGCCUCAAACAAUUGCGGCUGGUCAGAAAACAUACUUCACAAAAGUGCAUGGGCUGCCAAGCAUCAGUCCCUUGGUAAGUUCGGUAGAGGAGACACCUGAGCCCAUCCCCACCACUGUUAAGGGAACCAUCCCAACCUGGAUCCGUGGGAGUCUGCUGCGGAAUGGUCCAGGAAAGUUUGAGUUUGGGAAUCAGCACUAUAACCACUGGUUUGAUGGCAUGGCCUUGAUGCAUCGCUUUCGGAUCGAGGAAGGUCAGGUGACAUACAGAAGCCGUUUUUUGACAAGCGAAUCGUAUAAGCAGAACAGCGAGAGGAACCGCAUCAUGGUGUCAGAGUUUGGCACUUUGGCUCUACCUGAUCCCUGCAAGAACAUUUUUCAGCGCUUCCUGUCCAGAUUUGAGAUGAUAAAGCCAACAGACAAUGCCAGCGUCAACUUUGUUAAAUACAAGGGUGACUAUUAUGUCAGCACAGAGACAAACUACAUGCACAGAGUGGAUCCAGAUACUCUACAGUCCAAACAGAAGGUGGACUGGAGCAAGUUCAUAGCUGUGAACGGUGCUACUGCUCAUCCACACAUUGAUCCAGAUGGCACGGCUUACAACAUGGGCAACUCAUACGGAAACAAAGGGGCUUUAUACAACAUCAUCAGGGUGCCCCCAGAAAGAGACGGUUCAACGGACACUCUAGAGGGAGCCAAGAUAUUAUGCUCUAUCGCCCCUCAUGACAAAUCCAAACCCUCUUAUUAUCACAGCUUUGGCAUGUCAGAGAACUAUGUAGUGUUCGUCGAGCAGCCCAUUAAGAUGGAUCUGUUCAAGAUAGUGACUGGUAAACUAAGAGGGAAAUCCCUAAAUGAGGGUGUUUACUGGGACCCCAACCAGGAAACCAUUUUCCACCUGAUUGACAAACAAACUGGAAAGGAGAUGCCAGUGAGGUAUUACACCAAGGCCUUGUCCACCUUCCAUCAGAUCAAUGCUUUUGAGCAGGAUGGAUUCCUCAUGCUAGACAUAUGCUGCUCUGACGAUGGCCAGGCCAUAAACAACUACCUCAUCCAAAACCUGCGUCAAUCAGGAGAGGCACUGGAUGAGGUGUAUAACACCAUGUCCCGGCCGCUUCCUCGUCGUUUUGUGCUUCCUCUCAACAUCACCAGUGAAACACCACUGGAACAGAAUCUCAACACACGGCCUGACAGCACCGCCACAGCUGUCCUCCGAACUAAAAACCAGGUGUUUUGCACGUUUGAGGAUCUCCAUGGUGAAGACCUGAAAGACUAUGGUGGCUUGGAGUUUCCUCAUAUAAACUAUGCCAAAUAUAACACCAAACCUUAUAGAUACUACUAUGGUUGUGGCUUCCGCCACCUAGUGGGUGACUCCUUAAUUAAGAUGGAUCUAGAGAGCAAAAAGUUCAAGGUAUGGUGCCAACCUGAUCUCUACCCAUCAGAGCCUGUCUUCAUUCCUUCACCCAAUGCUGAGGAAGAGGACGAUGGAGUCAUCCUGUCAGUGAUCAUCACACCAGCUAAGGAUAAGAGUACAUUUCUCUUAGUCCUAGAUGCCAAAACAUUUGAAGAACUGGGAAGAGCUGAAGUGCCUGUCAACAUUCCUUAUGGAUUCCAUGGAGUCUUCAAUUCCAGUGCAUGAAGCUCUUGGUAUCCCUCCAACAAAAUAACAUCUAAUGACAAGUAGCUCUUCAAAAUGCCUAAUACACCACUCAGCUGCUAUUGAAAGCAAGAGACUAACAGAAUUAUAUUUCUAUGAAAUGAGUCCAAAGACAUCCUCCACAACACAUUUUAUAGUAACAGUUAGGUAACAUUGUUACAAUGAGGUUUCAUUAGUUAAAAUUAGUUAACAGGAACUGCACUUCUACAGCAUUUAUUAAAGGUAAAGGCGCUGCUGACGUGUAUCUGGUGCAUCCGUGUAUUUGGGUUCAAAUAAAUACAGUAUGGCUGGGCAAAAAAUUGCAAGCUCGGGCACACCAGAUAACGCGCCAACAGCGUCUUGCGUCACCAGCAUCACUGUGGGCUGGUGAACUGGGACACUGGGUCUGUAUUCACAGAAAAAAAAAAAUCAAGACACCACUGUGUAACAAAGUGCAAAAAGUGCAUAUUUUAUUUACAGCCUUAGCACUGUGCCUGAGCAUUUUUUGUUGUUAUUCUUUCAUGUAUAUCUUCUGAACAUGAUAUGGAAAAACUAAAUAAAUAUAAUAAUAAAAUAUAAUAUCCAUAAUAAUAUAUAAUAUCCAAAUAGCUUCUCCAAACUAAUGUUCUUUUUAUAUGACACUUAACCGGUGAAGCCUGAAUCCAUGGGCUUUAUUCGUGCCCAGGAGAGGUGCAACAUGACAGGCAUGCUCUUUAGGAAAAAUUAGCCCGUCUUUUCCUGGAGGUUUUAUGAUUUUCAGACACACAACCAAAAAUGUGAUGUCCACGCAUGUGGAUACUAGGUCUGAGGAGGUUAAUAAACAUAAUUGUGAACCACAAGAGAGAAAUACUUGACCCUAAUAAUUUCAGCAUGAUAAAAUGGUUUUGAUUUGUUUUCUCAAUACAAUUUCAGUCUUUCUCAACUUUUCUUUUCUUGUGUUUUUAUUUUUCAAAUAGUGGACUGUAUGUGUAUACCACAAUAUGACACUUUGAUGUUUGCAACGAAUUAUAUUUGCUCAAAGUUAUGAACUGUGUGUUUCAUACAAGGCUGUUCCUUUCUACUCUAAAAGCAAAUGUGAGCAAAACGCCUGGUCUGCUAUGGUUAAUAUUUGCUGUUAGAAUUUUUAUAUUUCCAUCAAGAAAACAAGUACAUUGCAUUGAAUGUAAUUCCCAAGACAUAAAAAGCCCAUAAGUUCCAAUAAAUGCAUUAAUUAUUUGUUUAAAUGACAACAGAUUACAGUA